CAGGACCGGAGUGCCGUUCACUCGGCGGCGCGCCACGGCGCGACAUGCCCAGCUGAUGUUUAUUUAUACCGCGAGCUCGGCGGAGGGCGCGCGCGGGAGGCCCUCCCCUCCGUGAUGCAGCCGAGCGAGCCAGCCGACACCGCGCACGCCGCUAGCGGAAACCCGCAGCGUGGCCUCAACGGUGGCCGAUUCGACUUUGACGAUGGUGGUACAUACUGUGGCGGUUGGGAAGACGGCAAGGCCCACGGCCACGGCGUCUGCACCGGACCGAAGGGUCAGGGAGCGUACGCCGGCUCGUGGCACUUCGGAUUCGAAGUAUCCGGCGUGUACACCUGGCCCAGUGGUAGUUCAUUUGAGGGGCAAUGGCAGAACGGAAAGCGACACGGUCUGGGCGUGGAGACACGAGACCGAUGGUUGUACCGUGGAGAAUGGACACAAGGCUACAAGGGUCGCUACGGCGUGCGGCAAAGCAGCACCAGCAACGCCAAGUACGAAGGCACCUGGGCCAACGGCCUCCAAGACGGAUACGGUUCAGAAACAUAUGCGGACGGCGGAACUUAUCAAGGACAAUGGAUGCGGGGCCUUCGCCAUGGAUACGGAGUACGGACGUCAGCGCCUUUUGGGCUGGCUUCUCACUACCGCGGUGGUGGGCACCAUCGGGGCUCACUAUCUUCUUUGGCGGAGGCUACUGGAACACCUGAUCCUUCAGAUCGGCGUACCACGCGUAUGGAUGAAGCAAGGGGAGGCUUCGUCCUUAAGGCCAGCUCGGAUGAACCUUCAGGGAGACGAGGAUCACUCGUCGAAAAAACUAAAAAGGGACUGCUUGCUAAACUUCGCAAACAGCGCAGUGCGGGUGAACUGGACAAACGCGGUACGGGCUCGGUGCGAUCAGGAGGCUCCGGCGGCUCUGCAUCAUCAUGGGUGUCUUCAGUCGAGAGCACACAUUCUGCGACUACACGAGGAUCACUGCACACCAACUCGAAUACCAGUUUCAUUGUCGAGGACGAGCAUCUUGACGCAAGUGUGACAGAAUCAUAUAUGGGCGAAUGGAAGAAUGAUAAACGGACGGGUUUCGGUGUUAGUGAACGGAGUGACGGUCUCCGGUACGAGGGCGAGUGGUUUGCGAACCGAAAAUACGGCUACGGUGUGACAACGUUUCGAGAUGGGACCAGAGAGGAGGGCAAAUACAAAAACAACGUUCUUAUAACCAGCCAAAAACGCAAACAUAUGUUUCUCAUGCGUUCGGCUAAAUUUCGAGAACGAGUUGAUUCAGCGGUAAAUGCAGCUCAACGUGCUUCAAAAAUAGCACUACAAAAAGCGGACAUUGCUAUCUCUAGGACCGCUACAGCGCGAGGCAAAGCAGAACAAGCCGAUGAAUCGGCAGACCAAGCUAAAGAAGACUGUGAUAUAGCACAAUCAACUGCCAAGCAGUUCGCACCAGAUUUUAAGCAUCCUGGUUUUGAUCGUAUAGGAUUAAGAGAAAAGUAUAGGCAAAAAUCUUUCGAACCACAGGUCACUGCUGCUGUUUCACAAGAAUCUGAUAAAAUACAAGAAGGAAAGAGCAUUCCAAAUCAUAUCCCUCCGAUGCAUUCACAGAUUCCACAAAUGAAUAAAAUGCCAAAUGCUAUGUCUUCUAGAAGACCAUCUGCCCAAUAUCCAAAUUCUGGCCAUCAAGUCGAUUCCAGAAUUCAAAAUAACCCCAAUACUUACAAUCCUAAUGAGAGAAAUCUUGGUCCUUCUUACGAUCAAAUGUAUAAACCUAAUCAAGACUCUUGGACGAAUCCGAGCAUAUCACAAAAUCAAUUAUCGAAUCAAAAAUCAUAUGGACCUAUCGAUCCAACUAGUGGACAUAGUGUUUCACCUCCAGACAGUUAUUCCCAACAACUACACCGAUUACAACAGCAACAAAGCAUAGACCAAAGCAACCAACAAUAUGUAAACCAAAAUCGAAGAUUUUCAUCUUCUGUCCGUCCACCUAACACACAACCGUCAUCACAGGAAUGGAACGCUUCAUCAGGGUUGACUAGACGACAAAGCAUACUUGCACAACCAACCCAUGAUCCUCAAGGUAACAUCUAUGUCGAUAGCGGUACUGCUUCUUACGGUAGGCACGAACUUCGAACGGGAACCAUUCAUUCUGAGAGCGCUUUAAAUACGGAAUCGCAAAUGUACCGUCAAACCGGAGAAAACCAAGGUUACCGACAACAAAUCGAUCAGCAAAUGUAUAAGCAAGAACCUGACCAACAAAUGUACCGUCAACUACCAGCAGAGCAAUCAGGUUACAGACAAACACCCGACCGACAAAUGUACCGUCAACAAGCCGUUGAUCAACCCUUAUAUCGUCAAGCUGGUCCAGCUGAACAAGAAGGAAUGAAUGGUGAUCGCGACGGUCGACAAGGGCCUCGGACAUCAAUUGAUUAUUUCGACCACUACAAACGGCCGCCCAGCAGAGACUCCAGUGUGGAUCGUUAUGGCAGACGAUCAAGACAGCCGUCAGUUGAAGCCGUUCCUCCUGGUAGUGGAUCGCGAGCCGGAUCUGUGGCACCACAACCACCUCCUCUAUCACGACCUGCUUCUCGAGCCGCAACUCCAGCCGGCAAUGGACAUUUAGCGUCUGGCCGCGGUUCCAUUUCACGAGCAUCAUCACGAGAGCCUCAACCUUUCGAGGACUCACUUUUGCGAAAGCGAAAUCUUGGACAGGACAUAUCUCCUUCGCCCUAUCAACCAAAACGAACAGAAAGUUUAUAUGUCACACAAAAUCCAGCGCCGCCCCCCGCUGUGCCAAUGGGUGGAGGUGGCGGUGGAAGAAAGAUACUGAGCACUCCUCAGACGCUACAACGCAAGAAGUCACUCCCGGACGUUGCUGCUAUGCCGCGGCUGCCUGACGGUGGUGGCAUGUCUCGGGAAGAAGUCUCCGCUCUGGGCUCCGCUCGUAGAGAGGAAGUCCGACGCAUGCACGAAGAGACAGAGAAACUGAGAGCCAACCCUCUCCUCUACUUAGUCAGUCCGCAAGUUAAGGACUGGUUUUCGCGUCAGCAGUUAGUAAUUCUGGUAUUGUUCAUAAACAUCUCGUUAGGGAUCAUGUUCUUUAAACUGCUGACGUAGCGUCGGCGGGCGGGGCGGGUUCGCCUCCAUUUAUUUCAAUCGUGUAUAUAAUUUUUUGUUUUGAUAUCAAAAUCAUCGAAAACAUUUUUUGAAAAAUAACGUGCAAAUAAUAUCAUUUGUACAAACGUUUCUUAACCCUCUUAUAAAUAACAUGAUAACAUCUGGAACGUCUAAUUUGUUAAGUACUUCGAUUUGCUAGUGAUUUUUAUUGACAUUGUGAAAGUGUGUAACAAGACAAAUUUAUACAAUAAAGUGCAAAUAGCCCCACCCUCGUCCAAAAAAGUUCUGUUGGUGUGAGAGUGAGAAUUUUGUGAUCACUAAGCGAAAACUUCGAAUGUAAGGAGCACGAUUUAUUUAAACCUGCAUAUUGUAGGUUUUCCUCGUACUGUAAUGUUAAAAGCUUGCCUUAUUAAAAUACCUACGUGUAAGUGAAACAUGCGAUUGAAUAAAUUAGUAACAAAAAUGCAUUACGUAAAAAACUGUUUAAAUUAUUUUAUUUCCCUUUUUUUACAUAUUUGUGGCAACACUCAUUCAUACUUACUUAUUAAUAUUGAGAUUUAUUUAAAAAGAUUUCUAUUUGGAGAAAGAAUUUUUUUCUGGUAUUCGUUAUUUAAUCAAACUUAAGAGAUUAAUUGUUUUAUGCAUGUAUUUAUGGAUUAUGUUUAGUGACAAGGCCAAUGUCGGCAUUUUGUUGUUAACAUUUUAACUGUUUAUUAAAUUUUGUGUCUAUGUUAUAUUUUAUUUAAAAUUUUAUAAUGGAAUUUUUUUACCAUACAUUUAUAUACUUAGAUUAAUGAUACCUUCAUUGGUAAUAAAAUAAAAAUUGUCUAUUGUUAUACAUAUAUAAUUGGUCAAUGGAAAAAUCGAAGAUUUGUCUAAGUACUUAAAAUUAAUUGACAAUGUUUUAUACAGAAUGUAGUUUUGUGUUGUAAUUAUGAUGUCAAUUUCUUGUAACUAUAUGUAGAAUUUAUAUAAGAAAUUUUAAAUAUAUUUAUUAUUAAACUUAUAGUGUGGGAGAUUGUUGUCAACUUACUAUUAAGAGAGUUGUGGUAAAAACGCGCAAACAUAAAUUGUUACCAAAAGUAAGACAAUUUUCGCAAUUUCAUUAUUAUUAUGUGAAAAACAUUAAGUUAUAUUUAAGAGUUUUAAUUACUUGUAUCAAUUUUAUCUACGUUUCACAAAUAAAAUAUUUUAUUAAAAUCA